GUUUUCAGAAAACGGAUUUUUUUUUUUUUAACUGAGUGUUUAGAAAACAAUUAUUAAUCAGAAAUUGUCAACCAGAUUUUUGUAUAGUUUUUAUUUUUAGUCCACAAAAAAUCGAAAACUAAACCAAACAGGCCCUAACAUCUCAAAUUUUCAUUUUAACAAGUUGGGAAUGGGAAGCGGAUUGGAAACGUUCUGUGGACAAGCCUACGGAGCAAAGCAGUAUCAUAUGCUUGGCAUUCACAUGCAGAGAGCUAUGCUUGUGGUUGUGCUACUGGGGAUUCCUAUAUCAGUCCUCUGGGCCUACUCAGGGUACAUUUUCACUAGCUGUGGACAAGACUUGGCGAUUUCAACACACGCGGGAAUAUAUGCUCGUUGGUUGAUCCCUAGCAUUUUCCCUUAUGGCAUCCUCCAGUGUCAACUAAGGUUCUUGCAGGCUCAAAAUAGUGUGAAGCCAUUGAUGAUAAGCACUGCCUUUACGAGCUUAGUUCAUGUCUUUGCGUGUUGGACUUUGGUUUUUCGAGUUGGAUUUGGCAACAAAGGUGCUGCCCUGUCCAAUGCCAUCUCUUACUGGAUCAAUGUACUGAUUUUGGCGAUUUAUAUCAAGUUUUCGCCUUCAUGUCAAAAGACUUGGACAGGAUUUUCUAAGGAGGGUAUGAAGAAUCUUGUCGGCUUUCUUUCAUUAGCUGUUCCUUCAGCUCUUAUGGUCUGCUUGGAAAUGUGGUCAUACGAAUUUUUGGUUCUUAUGUCUGGUCUUCUUCCCAAUCCAAAGCUAGAGACAUCAAUGAUGUCAAUCAGCCUUAACACAAGUUCAGUGGUCUUCAGAAUCCCAUUUGGUUUUGGCAGUGCAGUAAGCACGAGAGUGUCAAAUGAACUAGGUGCAGGGCAGCCACGUGCUGCACGACUUGCAGCCCGAGUUGUGAUAUUCCUUAUUGUUGCAGAGGGCUUCUUAGUGAGCUUGGUUUCAGUGGCAGUGCGAGGCGUUUGGGGCUAUCUGUACACCAAUGAGGAGGAAGUUGUAAAAUACUUGGCUUGCAUAAUGCCAGUGCUUGCCACUUCCAACUUCAUGGAUGGGAUUCAGGCUGGGCUCUCAGGUUAG